AUGUCUUCUCCAAAGAUUUUCUCUCUCUACACCCUCAUAUCUCUCUUGGGCUUUGCCCUAGGAGAAGACUUGCAAUCUUGCCUUCUAUCCAAUGGCGUCCUCAACUUCACCUCUCGAUCGCAAUCGUCCGAUGCCGCUUACAACCACUUUCUCUCUUUCUCCAUCCAAAACCUUAGGUUCACAAAACCUACCAUGGAAAAGCCAGUAAUGGUGAUUUUACCAGAGACCCAUGCUCAACUCUCUUCAACAAUUCUAUGCUCGAAGGAAACAUCUCAUGAGAUUCGAAUAAGGUGCGGUGGUCAUAGCUACGAGGGUUUAUCAUCAACAGGUGAUAGAUCCUUUAUCAUAAUAGACCUCAUGAACCUAAACAAUAUCCAUGUCGACUUAGAAACACAAACUGCUUGGGUCGAAGCGGGUGCAACACUUGGCGAGACCUACUACUCGAUCGCUCGAGCCACGAGUGAUUUCGGGUUCUCGGCAGGGUCAUGCCCAACUGUAGGGAGUGGGGGACACAUUAGUGGUGGUGGGUUUGGGUUUCUCUCUAGGAAAUAUGGCUUAGCAGCUGAUAAUGUGUUAGAUACUCUUGUUAUAAACUCUGGAGGUGAGGUUAUGGAGAGAGAGGCCAUGGGAGAAGACAUGUUUUGGGCUUUACGUGGGGGUGGAGGUGGAAAUUGGGGACUGGUUUAUGCAUGGAAAAUAAGGUUGCUCGAGGUGCCAAAAGUUGUGACUGUUUUCACAGUUUCAAGAGAGAAAAGCAGGGAGAGUGUGUUGGAGUUGGUGCACAAAUGGCAAUAUGUAGGCCCCAAGUUGGAGGACGACUUUUAUUUAUCAGUUUUUGUAGGGGCAGGGUUACCCCAAGCAAGAAAGGAAGGGAUUAGUGCCACUUUUAAGGGCAUGUACCUAGGGAAUGUGACCUAUGCCCUAUAUCUGAUAAAUGGGGUUUUCCCUGAGCUAGAGAUAGAGUACGACGAGUGCCUUGAAAUGAGUUGGAUUGAGUCAAUAGUCUUUUUUUCGGGUCUUAAAGAGGGGAGCACAUUUGAAAAUUUAAAAGACAGGUUUUUGCAUGAUAAAAACUAUUUCAAGGCAAAAUCCGACUAUGUGAGAACCCCCAUACCUAAAAUUGGUUUAGAAAAGGUUUUGAGAAUACUAGAGGAAGAGCCAAAGGGCUAUGUCAUUUUAGACCCUUAUGGAGGAAAAAUGGCCAGGAUUCCAUGGGAUUCAAUCCCAUUCCCUCAUAGGGCAAACACCCUUUAUGCAAUUCAGUAUUUGGUAGCUUGGAAUAAGGAGGAUAACUCAAAGGCUGAUGGGUAUAUACAUUGGUUGAGAGGGUUUUAUCAAUACAUGACUCCAUUUGUGUCUCAAGCACCAAGGGCUGCUUAUGUGAACUAUGUGGACCUUGAUCUAGGGACCAUGGAUAUGAACUCAACAGAUGGGUUGGUACAAGAAGCAAGAGCUUGGGGUGAGAAAUACUUCCUUGGUAACUAUGAUAGAUUGGUGAGAGUGAAACAACAGUGUGAUCCGGAUAAUGUGUUUAGCAACCCUCAGGGCAUUCCUCCAAUUGGGGCUUUAGCUGCCAUGUGA